AAGCACUUGUCUCUGUUACCCCAGAGGCCAUUGCUCUAUCCUUCACUCAGAUGCCUCAAGAUGCCUUGAACACCAGAGACAUGCAGUUUGUCUAUUUCUUCUAUGACUACAAUGAGGCAAGCACGGCAAAGCCUUCCAUCUUCUCUCCUGUAUCAGCAUUAGCAUCAGCAUCAGCAUGAGAUCAGCAUCAGACCCCUUACGGACCCGGCCUAACCUUACCGUAGCUCAGGCAGGUAACUCGGGCAACUCCAAUGUACCUUUCUUAGGUACUUCAGGUAUCCGUAAGGUCCAGCAACUUCCCAAAGUCAAGUCCAAAGGCUGCAAGAUGCAAGAGCAAGAUGCAAAUCCACCAAAGUCCCGUUUCGCAUCAUUUCCCCUCUUGCUUUUCUUGACUCCUCCAGGCCCGCCUUGGCCUUGGCGUCAACAUGAAAGUUCUUGCCUACGGUGCCUGCUCUACCCAAGUGCUGCCCAAGGUACCUGUCGUAUCGUACCUGCUCUCUUCGUGAGGUGUUGUUGUCGAUGCGCAUCUUUCCUGCCUUGCGGAUAUUUCUCACGCCUAUCCACUUUGUGAUGCAUGUGGCUUCGUCAACGGGGAUUUAGUUGGGAAGGAGGAAGAGAAGGCGGAAUGUGGCGCGACGCGGAGGGCAAAGCCGCAAGAGGCAGCAGCUCUUCUGCCUGCCCUCUUUCCUUGAUGCGUGCAAUUCUUCGUGUCUAUUCGCAGCUACUUACCUUCCCCAGCAUGCAGAUAGCAAACAAUGCCCCAACAACUCACA